UUGACAGACUUCUGGCAACUCUCCCUCGACUCUACCGAUCAUGAAGACCAGAGCCCUCGAGGACAAUUACAGCAAUUGAUCAAAUUGAUCCCUGGUUUGGCAUUGAAGACUGUGAUUUGGGUAGGCAGACCAACAGUACCAGAAGCACUUAUCACCACAAUGUCGGAACUCACCCUCGUUGAUUUCGAGAUUACUUCCCGAGAUAUGGGCGAAUCGUUGGCACCUGCCCCUUGUCGAUUGCCACGAACCCGUCUUAAUGUCUGUCGUACACUUCUUAGCACAGGAGUCAUAAAUAUCACGACACUCAAAUUCUGCAUUCCCGUCGGCCCCGAAAACGGAAAGCUACUAUGCCUCUUCGGCCAAGCCAUUCGUGCCUGCCAAAGACUGAAGACUCUCUCAGUGCGUGCACUCAUGCCUUCUCGACGAAGUAAUGCAGUUAUGAAGUGCCCAUGGGCCAAUGCUAGCGAUGGAAUUGUGCCGUUUCCUCCUGUACGCUAUCUUCGUCUCUAUGAUUUCCACCUGGAUCCGGCUUCUGAGAAAGACAAGAAUGCAUGGAAGCAGGUUGUCCAAUGGUCCGAGGUUGUGGAAUUUACGACGACUUGCAGCGCUCUGUUCUACUCCUAUCCAAUGCCGAAGUUGCGGUGCUUAAAGUUGCUAAGUGAUAGAUGCGAGCUCAUGACUGCUCCAGGAGUCACUGAGCCCGAGAGUAACCCAACGCGCGAUGCUCUGCUUGCCUUGCCGCCACUGCUCAACUUGGAACUGACCAACGCAAAUGUUCUCCUCAACAACGAUGUUUGGAAUCAUCACAAGAACACCUUGACUUCUCUCACAGCAUGGUCACGCACCCACCAAACCAUCCCUCUCGAUUCUGACUUCAUCGCCGAGAUGCAACAGCUACGAUCUAUCACACGCCUAUCCAUCGGUGUAGCUCAUCCACGUCCUCGUCGUUUCCAAAUGGGUGGUCCACAAACAAACACCGGUACCGACGCCGUAGCCAGAUUCUCUGCCGUCGAGCCGUUCAGAACCAUUCAUCAUUCUGUCCAGCACCUACUUUGGAUCGAGCAUCUCGAGAUCGGCAUGCUCCCAAUGCAAGUCGAUACCGCAGUCCGCAGCUGCCGCGAGCUUUGGAAUUUCCUCUGGGGAACGCUGAUGGUGUACGGCGGCGCAGAGCAUGGUCCGAACUGGCACCCGCAGUUGCGAAUAUUGCACAUCAACGCUAAGAUUGCUGACUUCGGCCUCGUUCAUCUCGUUGUCUAUGCGCGAGCAACCCUCGAUGGCUCGUGCGUUGUUCGCUGCAUGCAGCUGGAGCAACUACGUCGGUAUGAGCGAGAGUAUGGUGAAGAUCCUGAUGUUCGCGGCCUUCAUGAGUUGGUGACGAAGUGGGAGGCUUUUGGUCCUGACAAUUGAACUGGUGCUAGCGAUGAUGAGGAUGACGUUGAGUGCGAUUAUGACUUCUCUAGAUU